CUAAAAGAAUCGAAUGUCAAGCAGGAACCGGGAGAGGGCCAUGAUGGAGAGGGAAAAAUAGCUCUCGCGUCCAGGUUACGGCGGACAUUCCAACCCAGAGCAGCCGAACACCCGCAGCUGCUGACGACAAAACCAUGGCGGAGGAAAGCACCCAGUUCUGUGGCAACUGCAAGCGAGACAUUCCAGAUGCCAACUUUACCACGCAUGAGAUACACUGCCGUCGCAACAUUGCGCUGUGUGAGCUGUGCGAGGAACCUGUGCCCCGCGGAUCUCUGCAACAGCACAAGGAGCAGGAGCACGCAGAGGUUCUGUGCAAAUGUGGCUUAAAGAUUGAGAAAAACCUGAUGGAGACUCACCAGCAGUCGGAGUGCAGCCAGCGCUUGGUGCCCUGCCAGUACUGUGAGCUGGAGCUGGUCUUCAGCCAGGCCAAGGACCAUGAGGAGUACUGUGGAACACGCACAGAGCCCUGCCCUAUCUGCAAAUGCAAUGUUAUGCUGAGGGAGAGGGAGGUCCACCCAGCUCUUUGUGGAGUCUCGCCCCCACCCCAAGAGAAGAAUAAUGCCAGGCCCAUGGGCAGCGCUAGAGGGCAAGUGGAUCCGGUGGCAUGGUUUGAAGCCUAUUCGAUCAGGAAUCUGCUAAGACCCCAGCAGGUGGCUCAGGGCGGCAGCUCUUUGGAUUCCAGGGCCUUGACCAGUCCGCUGGAGGGCAGGGUGCACAACAGCACCCGGGCUUUUGGUCAAGGGGGCAGGAGAAGUGCCCCCAGGAACACAGACGUCAGGAACACUGCCCCCAGGAACACAAGUGGCAGACACUCAGUGGAUCAAGACGCAGAGCUGUACCACAACAACAACAGCGUGAGAGGCCAGCCUUCUACCGAGGAUCCUUCUAGCUUGGACUAUCUGCUGGCUCUCAGUCUGCAGAACGAUGGGGACCCAAGCGACCACCAACACUCCACUGUGCACGACCCCCUGGGCAACUUAGGAGAGCUGUGGCCUUCUGGAUGGGACUCUGACCUUGAGAGAAUCCCGCACGCCAGUCUUCUGCCUUCGCUGUUGUCUCAGCUCUCAAACCCAAAUAACAACUACCGCAGUUCCACCUCAGGCAGCGAUGCACCUCCUACCGGUACCCAGACAGACACCAUGUUGCCGUGUGAGUUUUGUGAGGAGCUCUUUCCCAUGGAUGAUCUCAUUCUACACCAGACUGGCUGCAGCCCUGCCUCUGCCAUUGCGUCCUUCAGCAAACGAGCCCCCUCUCCGCCCUCCAAGGACGUGAUUCCCCAGAGGCCCAGGCAGGCUGUGUACAGCCCACCUCGAACCCCGAGCCCUAAUUUCUACCAUCAUCAGGUGUCCCCACAGUCCUGCCUAUCCUCCAGUCCACCAGGGGGCAGUGUGAUUAUCCCCUGCGAGUUCUGUGGAGUUGCCCUAGAGGAAAGCGUCAUAUUUCACCAUCAGGACAAGUGUAACCUCCGGCCCCAUACCGCUUACUUUGAUGAUGAACACUCAAAGCAGCAGUGCUUGUCUACUGUGGAAGGUAACAGUGAAAGGGUUUCUCCAGAGCCACAAAGAAGAAUGAGACAUCAGGUGGACCCAGGAGAGGAUGUCCUGGACCAGUUCAAGGGUGCACCGGUGGCGCGCGUGAGGACAGGCUUGAGUGCAGGCCCUCGGAAACUCCACUCCCAGCCGAACGCGGCCUCGCCCCAAAACGCGGCUGGUUCUACGUGCCAGGUGAUAGUGGGGCCAAAGCGUGGGAGGGAGUCGGGUGGCAGUCGGGGCCGAGGCCCCAACACAACCGCGAUGGCAGGAGGAAGAUCAGAAGGUCACAGAGACACAAAGAAAUAUGGAAAUCCCAAGGUUCAUAAAGUGCAAAAUCUGGAGAAAGAGGAAGAGUGACUGGGUGCAGACCACCUACGGAAACUCACUUGUCUGGCUUGGCUUCCAACCUGUCAGUGUGUGAGGUUUAUCUGUCCUGUCUCCUUAGAGUUCACUACUGUUUUUAUUUUCUCUUAAAACUUUUUUUUUUUCCUACGUGUGAUUGUAAUGGGCUAAAUAUAUUCAUUUACUAUUGUCAUUUUCCACUGGUACCAGCAAUUUACAAAAAAGAGCUGCCAGUGAGAACUGCUUUCUUACACACUCAGUCCUCAUUUAACGGGAUCCCAUAGAAUAAAAACCACUACAGUGGCUUUUGAAAAUAUAUCCUUAGCCUGCCUUAUGAAGUUAUAGUAUUCUGGAAAAACCCUUAUUAAGUUUAUGAAUUCUCAUAAUCCAAAGACAUAAUUACCGUUGCUUUCAAUUCUAAACAUUUUAUGUGUUCCUGAGACCCAGAACUGAUACAUAUUUAUAUUUGGACUUUUUAACAUAAAUGUAAAAAUUAGUGUUUGUCAUAAUGCAGACUAGAUUAUAGCAUAAGGCAUCAAGAGAGUACAGUCAGGGAGGUAAAAUGUAGGAGCCUCAUUCACUCAGCAGAGCUCGAAACACAGGUGUGCUGCUCACUGUAAUACUGGUACAUGUGGUACUGUGUACCUUUGACAAAACCCCAACUAGCUAAAACUAAACAUGCAACGUCAAACUCUUCUGCCAUGAAAGUUCAUGUACUAACUAGUGUACUCCCCACAAACCAAACAAACGUUUGGUUUCCGUAAACAAGGAUUUAUAUACACGCAUAGAAAUUUUAAAGCCCUGCUCUUGCAUAAAAUGUAUAAACAGAUAAAAAACAUUACACAUUCUGACACCAAAAAUGGGUAGGAGGUAGGAGUGUUCUGUAUGCCUUAAAUGAUGUGUGUUACUCACCCAGGACAGAGAAGUUGUCACAGAUGUUCAGGGGUUACGAGCCACAAGGAAGGAAAAUAUAAUUUUAAAUGUUAAAAAUAAUGUGUGUUACAAAUAUUAUAAAAUCUUUAUCAUUUUCAUGCAUAGAACUGUCUUUUAUUUUGAUAUUUUUAAUUUUAGGUGAUGCAUUUUUUGACCAGGAACCAUUCUCUUAUAGAAGUAGCAUGACCCCCCCCCCCCUUAUACAACAGGAGUUUGUCUGAUAGUGAUUUCACAGAAUGGAUGAACUGUUAUAUGAGGAAUGAGUGUACUCUUCACACCAACAUGUAAAAUAUUAAAUAACUGAUGGAAGAUAUCAUUUGUACUUUUGAUUAUACACAACUGUUGGGAAUUAAACAUUUUAAUAUACAAGUCCUUGUUCUGUUUUACAUUCUUAAAUCUAGCCGGUAAUUUGCUUUCAACUACAUACAAUUUUAAAUGUAUAGUUAGUUAUUCCAAUAUAUGUGAGAAUGUUAAACUGGAAGCAUAUGGAGUGGAGAGUCUGAGAAGAGGUUAUGCAGUUGUAGCUUCUAACAGAAAUCUGAAUUGUUUCAUUAAAAAAUUCAACUGCAGAGAUGAGUUGAAUGUGAAACUAAGCACUAAAGUACUUACGGUAAAAUAAACCUUCAGGUCUCAGCAUGGCUUGGCUCCUCACUACCACCAUUGUGUUUUUGUCAUUGCCAUAAUCUCCUUUGUAUCUCUGCCGUCCUUUUCGCUGUGCCUGCUCUCCCCUGAUUUACUUCGGUUCUCUUUAUUUUUUCCAGGGUGCCCUUCUCACCAGAGUGACAGAGCGCUGUACAACAUUGAAUUUCUAUUGAAAUGAUGAAUUUCUAAAACACUAAGACAAAUGUGGCUAACAGUAGACUGAGCCAUCUGGCCAGGGAGGAGAGGAAACAAAAACGUCUCCGAACCACAGAGAACUGGAGGGGAAAAAACCUCUGAGGUCCAAGUACCAGUGGCUGCCCCCCUCUUCUGGGCAUUAUACUUUAUUGUCAUUGUAUGCAAUACAAUGAAAUUUUAUGUGGCAGCCCUUGGAAUAACAACAGCAGA